UGGUGUGUUAUAGGAAAUAAUGCCUGUGAACACACAGCAGGCACCGGGCAAGGCCAACACCCAGCUCGGCCUCCAGAACCAAGGCUGUCAUGAAACUCUCAACUACUAGGGAAGACCAGUUGUAAGCGCCAUCCGCCUGUAAGUUGUUCCUCGUUGUGUGAUGUAGGCUGGCGAGGUUGGAAGAAGUUGAAGGGUACCACCUCGUCUUCACUGUGAGGCAUGCGUGAAGUAUGAGUGGGUAUGGACAAGGAGCUGGAAGUGGAAAGUGAUAGAGCGGGAGCCCCGGAAGAACCAGAAAUGAGUCCGGAGAAACAAGAAGAAGCCAGUCAAGAAAGUCCACUAAUACAGGGUCUGUCCAGCCAUGUGACUCCGUUGGUCCCAGAAUUUUUGGAUCCAGCACAUAUCCAGGAGGAGGCCUUGGCCCAAGAGGACAACAAUAUACAAUACUUGCCUGCAGUGGAGCCCAAAGGUCCACAGCCCAAGGACAUAUUCCCACCUGAACGGGGCAGUAACAUCUCCAAUUUUUCAGCAAAAACCAUACAGCCCAAGCAGGCCGACAUCCCCAGUUUUUCAGCAGCAACAAUGCCACCCAAGCAGGCUGAUACCCCCAACUCCCCAGAAAAAAUUAUCCCGCUCAAGCAGACGGACAUCUUCAAUUCCUCAACAAAACCCAUAUCACCCAAACAUGUUGAAACUUCCAGUUUCUUAGCAAAAAUCACCCCACCCAAGCAGGGCAAUACACUCAAUUCCCCAACUAAAACCACCCCAUACAAACAGACUGAUAGCCUCAAUUCCCCAGCAAAAACCAUCCCACUCAAGAAGUCUGACACCCCUAAUUUUUCAGCAAAAAUCAUCCCACCCAAGCAGGCUGACACCCUCCAUUCUUCAGAAAAAAAUAUCCCACCCAAGCAAGAUGACCUCCCCAAUUCCUCAGAAAAAAUCAUCCUGCCAAAGGAGGAUGGCAUGUCUACUUCUUCAGAACAACACAUUCCACCCAAGAAGGGUGACACCAAUUCCCCAGCAAAAUCCAUCCUGCCUAAGCAGGCCAGUAGCCACAAGUUCUUAGCAAAAUCCAUUUUGCCCAAAGGGGCCAACGCCCCCAAGUUGUCAGCAAGAACUUCCCAGUCUAAGCAGGUCAUCAGCCCCAAGGUCUUAGCAAAAUCCAUCCUGUCCAAGCACAGCCACACUUCCAAGUCCUCAGAUGAAAGCAUCCUGCUUAGGGAUAGUGACACCAAGUCAUCAGAAGAUACCAUCCACCCCAAGGAGGGAGACAUCCUUAUGUCCUUAGAGGAAAGCAUCCUGCCCAGACAGGUUGACAUCAAGUCCUCAGAAAACACCAUCCACCCCAAGGAGGGUGACCUCGUCCAGUCCUCAAAAGAAACCAUCCUGUCCAAGGAGGAUGACAUUCCCAAGCCCUCACAAGAAGCCAUCCAGCCCACAGAAGGUAAUGUCUUGGAGCUGUCACAGACAAUGGAACUCCUGGAGGUGGACUUGGUGAAAGCGAUCCUGAGCAAGGAGGAAUUUGAGUUGGCACUCAAGGAGGCUGGGGAGAGACUGGUAGCCGUGGACUUCUCUGCCACCUGGUGUGGGCCUUGCAGGACCAUCAAGCCCCUUUUCCGGUCCCUGUCAUUGAAGUAUGAGGAUGUGGUGUUCCUGGAAGUGGAUGCUGAUGAGUGUGAGGAGCUGCUGAGGGACCUGGAGAUCAUUUGCAUCCCAACCUUCCAGUUUUAUAAAAACAAAGAAAAGGUGGGAGAAUUUUGUGGUGCCGUUAAGGAAAAACUCGAAGCAAUCAUUGCAGAAUUAAAGUAAUUGUGGACUCUGAAAGCACUGUUAACAGUCACCUGGUUAUAGUCUAUGGGUUUUUUUUUUAAUUUAUUUAUCAAGAGAUGAGACAUAAAGUGUCUGCUCAUAAGUGAUCAAGUAUUAACUCCACCUUCUCAAAAAUCAGUAAAGCACUAAAGCAUCUUGUGACCAUGUUCUCCUUGGUAGAAAGUGUGAUAUUAGAAUUUCCUUUGGUGGAGUUUGAGAGCGCACCUGUCUCCUAUUUUUUUUUUUUUGUCUCCUAUUUUUUUGAUGAUGAUCUUUUUUGGAACUCACCCUUGAAAAUUCAGUUCACUUGGUGUUAGUGGCAACGUUGGACGUUUAGACAGUUUUGUAAAAGCAUAGGAUUUAUAGAUGAGUGGAGACUUCUUUUCUCAUUUGGGGUUUCUGAUAAGAUGUUUUGGGAAAUAAAGAAUUGGAAAGAUUCUC